GCGCUUCAGUCUCUUUGCCCAAAUGCUCUUAGCCCAGCGAAGUCCAUCAUGGUACUCGACAGACCGGGUCCUUUUGUCGGCUGCCUCCGCGACGACCCACGCCCUGCUUAUGUACAUGUAUGAUGGCUCCAUUCUGCACCUGGGGUCUUUUUAUUUCCGAGAUCGCCCCCGAGUCGGUCAAAUUAUUAUUAAUUCAUUUGUCGAGUCCACGAGCGAGUCUGCGCGUACGUACGUACGUGAGUGAGCGAGCGCGCAAGCUCUGCUGGUCAAGUUCAUCCUGGUCUUCUUGCACUCCAGUGCCAUCAUGACGGACAGCAGCAUCAUGGGCGACGACAAGAGGAGGACGAGCUCCGAGAGCACCGCGAAUGAGCACGACAUUGAGCGCGAGGCUGGCGCCGCUUCACAGACGCAAUCAGCCCAACGUCAGGGCCCAGCCGCCACAUCCAGUGCAGAGAAAAAUGUCGUCGAGACGGAUGCGCCAGGCCCAGCAGCAGCAUCACCAGACGAACCGGAAGCGCAGCGCACCAAGCUCGAAAACUUCCUCAUCAUCUUCGCCCUCUGUCUCGCGCUCUUCCUGGCCGCCCUCGACGUCACCAUCAUCACGACAGCCAUCCCCACCAUCUCGGCGCACUUCAACUCCUCCCUGGGCUACAUCUGGGUCGGCGCCGCCUACCUCCUGGGCAACUCGGCUUUCGCGCCCAUGUGGGGGAAGAUCUCCGACAUCUGGGGCCGCAAACCCGUGCUCCUGGCGGCCGUGGGCAUCUUCUGGAUCGGGAGUCUGCUGUGCGGCGUCUCGACGAGCAUGGGCAUGCUCAUCGGUGCGCGCGCCAUCCAGGGCAUCGGCGGCGGCGGCACCAUUGUGCUCCCCAACAUCUGCAUCUCGGACCUCUUCUCCAUGCGGAACCGGGGCAUGUACUUUGGCAUCCUCGGCAUGAUCUGGGCCAUUGCGUCCGCCCUCGGUCCCAUCCUGGGUGGCCUCUUCACGAGCAAGGUCUCCUGGCGGUGGUGCUUCUACAUCAACCUGCCCAUCUCCGGCGUCGGCAUGAUCAUCCUCUUCUUCGUCCUCAAGCUGCACAACCCACGCACCCCGAUGCGCGAGGGCCUCAAGGCGAUCGACUGGACGGGUAGCGUCCUCAUCAUCGGCGGCACCCUCAUGCUCCUGCUCGGCCUCGAGUUCGGCGGCGUCACCUAUCCCUGGGCCUCGCCCACGGUCAUCUGUCUCAUCGUGUUCGGCAUCGUCACCAUUGGUCUGUUCGUCAUCAACGAGGCCAAGGUGGCCAAGUACCCUGUGAUGCCCGUCCGCCUCUUCAAGUCGAGGAACAGCGUCGCGAGCUACGCGUUUGGCUUCUUCCACGCAUUCACAUUCAUGUCCGGCAGCUACUGGCUGCCGCUCUACUUCCAGGGCGUCCUGCGCGCCACGUCCCUCCUCUCGGGUGUAUAUCUUCUACCCUUUGUCGUCUCCCUGUCCCUCGUGUCCGCCGCGACCGGCGUCAUCAUCAAGAAGACGGGCAAGUACAAGAUUCUCAUCGUCGGCGGCAUGGCCAUUGCGACGCUCGGCUUCGGUCUCUUCAUCGACCUGAGCCCCCAACACGACUGGGCCAAGAUCAUCAUCUUCCAGAUCGUCGCCGGCAUCGGCAUCGGCCCCAACUUCCAGUCGCCGCUCAUCGCGCUGCAGACCAACGUGGAGCCGAGCGACAUUGGCUCGGCCACGUCCAGCUUUGCGUUUCUGCGGCAGCUGGGGACGAGCGUGUCCGUCGUCAUCGGCGGCGUCAUCUUCAACAAUGAGAUGCAGAAGCAGCAGGGCCACCUGGCCUCCGUCCUCCAGGAGCCCGGCCUCGCCAACCGCCUGUCCGGGAGCAACGCGGCGGGCAACGUGCAGCUGGUGGCCAGCCUGGACGGGCCGGACGGCGAGAUUGCCAGACAGGCCUACUGGAACGCCCUGCAGACCAUGUACAUUGUGUACACGGUCUUUGCGGCCGUCGGCCUGUGCAUUGCCUUUGGCAUCAAGCAGGUGAACCUGAGCAAGGAGCACAAGGAGCACAAGACGGGGUUGACGACACUCAAGGGGAGGGACGCCUCCGAAAGCAAGUAAAGGCAAGUCUAGCAUCGUGUUGAAUCAACUUCAGUCAAUCAACCUCUUCAUACAAUUGCCUGGAUCUCGGAAGUGUCAUCUGCGGGCACUGUACGGGGCUUUCGCCUCCGCAUUUAUCAAUUUCCGUCUGCGCAGGGCAGCAUUCAUGUUGUCACUGUCCAAGCCUCGAUGCAGGCGUCCAUCUGGUACGUAAUACGACCACGGUCAGCAAGAGACUCCUCGGCAGAUCGCGCGGCGCAUAUGUAUCGUGCGCAUCACAAAUUCCGGGGUAUCUACUUCAGGCUAUAUACGAACGCAGCUUUUUUAGCCGCAUACUUGUGACCGAUCGGCACUUGUGUGUUUUUAGCCUCCUCCG